AUGAGGUGGCUACUUCCUCUGACAAUCAUCACCUACUAUCUGUCAUAUCGGGCAGACGCAGUCGCGGUCCGUGGAAUAUCUUCACAAUGCUCACCAACCAUUUGGGACGCGCUCCUGACCAAGCUGCACUCACUACCUUCUGAGUUCGAGUCAUCAGUAUGCCAUCGCGGCUGUCGCGUCGGCAUUGUCGAUCCGGUCUUAUCUUCGCAAUACAGCACCGUCGACGACCUGUUUGGGCACAUUAUCCGACCAGCUAUUGAAGAAGCAUAUUCAUUCAUGGCCAGAAUCGACAUGAAAUAUCCGACCCCACUGCCCGACUUGUUGCACGUGGCUCGCCUCGUCACGGAUAUUGCAGAAACGUGUGCUGCGACAUACCACAUUCACAGCCUGUGUCCGGCUAAGCAGUCGCUGCUUCAGUAUCAGCACUCUGGUUCGGACACGUCGAGUAGUAGUCAGUUCAGCAAGUGUUUUGUGGACUCGACAGUUGCGGCAUUGGUGGACCGAGUUUCCGUGUUUAUGCCCUGGCUGAAGCAGGCAUGUCACGAGUUGACACCAGAAAUGAUCGACAGGCUGUGGAAGAGGGCGGUGUUGGGCAAUAUGCGGCAGUACGGCAAUGGGUGUGUCAAAACCGCUCAAGGGUUUUUUGGAUGA